AUGAGCCUUCCUUGCGUCCUCAAAGCAGCAGCUAUCCUCGAUCCAGAUCCCUUAUUAGCCAUGGCAGAUCCCGCGUCUCCAUCUCCGUCUUCCGUCGUCAACCUGACCGCUCAUUGUCGCACAAACCACCAACACCACCACCAGUCAGACCUUCCCGUCGUCAAGGCUGUAUCUUUUGCUGCUGCUGCUGCUGCCGCCGCCGCCGCCGCCAUUGCUACCACCACCACUACUAAUCCAAAGGUCCCCGUACCUACUACUACCAUACCCGUCUCAGCUCCAACUCGAGCUCCAGCAACUACUGCUACUGCUAUCGCUACAGCUAUAGCCACUACUCCGGCUUUUCACUCGGCCCCGGUGCCGGUGCCAGGCACGAUAGGAACGCUCGCCACGCCCCGGUUCACCCAGGCCCCGGCCACAACGCCAGAGUUUGAGCGCAAAAGGAGUCGAAGCCCCGAGGCUGAUGCACCACUGCCUGUGGCAUCGACCACAGACGAGUAUCGGAGCGACGCUAUUGAGCCGGCAUCACCAGGUUCGUACUAUGAUGACGACGAGUUUGUACCCAGUGAUUACGACGAGGAAUCCAUCGCCGAUUCUACUUCAGUUGGUUCAAGUGUCUAUAAUCACAGCUACCACAAUGGUCGCCGAUACCACAAGGCAUGUUUUCCCCCACCCAACCUUCUCUCCGAUGUUGUUCCUCAGCGUCCACGUAUGAACUGGACCGUAGUUCCCGACAUGCGCAAGUCGUUUUAUUGCUCAACUUCUAACUCCUCUUCUCAUCAGUUUCGUCAUGGGCGUUAUCCUAUCCCAAAUGAUGAGGCAGAGCAGAACAGGGAGGAUAUGCUGCAUGCCAUGAUGCUCGAGGUGACGGAUGGUAAACUGUUCUAUGCACCAAUAGGAGAUUAUCCACAAAAGAUUCUGGAUCUCGGUACCGGCACGGGAAUAUGGGCAAUCGAAGCGGGUGACAAGUUCCCUAGCGCCGAAGUCACCGGAAUCGACCUGAGUCCCAUACAGCCGUUAUGGGUGCCCCCAAACGUCAAAUUUCUAGUGGACGAUGUCGAGGACACAUGGUUGAACGGCGACAAUAUUGACUUUGUACACUUGCGAAACAUGAUACCCAUUCUCAAAAGCCCGGCGAAGCUGCUGCAAGACAUAUACGAGAACUUGAAGCCCGGUGGUUGGGUCGAAAUGCAAGACGUAGACGGCGCCGUGCACUGCGAUGAUGGCACUCUUCCGGCUGACUGGCCCGUCCUUGUCUUUUGUAAUCUGAUGGUCGAGGCCUUUUCCAAGCUUGGCACAACAUCCCACGCCGCCAUGUUUGGGGGAAAGUAUCUCGAAGAGGCUGGUUUCGUCAACAUCCGACAUCACACGGCAAAGUUACCGUACGGCACGUGGCCAAAAGACCGGACGUUGCGUUUAGUCGGUAAUUAUUACCGGAUAGCAGCUGAGGAAUUCUUCCCAGCCAUGGGCGCCAUACAAAUGCCUCUCCUUGGCUGGUCUCAGCCCGAGAUGGAGGUUUUCUUCAUGCAGUGCCGGAAUGCUAUGCGAGAUGACAGCGUGCACGCGUACGGCUUGAUGCAUUUUUGGAGCGGGCAGAAACCCGAGAACGCAUUUUGA